AUGCUCAUUCCAAAGAAAAGUCGUAAACUCAUCUAUGAAAGUCUUUUUAGAGAGGGAGUCUUGGUAGCAAAAAAGGAUUUCAAUGCACCUAAACAUCAAGAUAUAGAUGUACCAAAUCUACAAGUUAUAAAAGCAUGUCAAAGUCUUAAUUCGAAAGGAUAUGUGAAAACACAAUUUUCAUGGCAAUAUUAUUAUUACUCAUUGACUGAUGAAGGCAUCGAAUUUUUGAGAGAAUAUUUACACUUGCCUUCGGAAAUUGUUCCUACUACUUUCAAAAAACAAACUAGACAAGCUAAUAGAACUCGAGAAACUGAAGGAGGUGAUAGAGAUGGAGCAUAUCAAUUUAUCAGAAGCUAUGGUCGUGGUCGUGGUGGUCCUCAUUAA